UUUUGACCACGCUCAUGAGUUAAAACUCAAAACACAAGACAUUCAAUGAGCUCAAGAGCCAAACCUCAAACAAUAAUAAGCCAAUGCCAAUGCCAGAAAAUUUCUUGUUUUCUUUUUUAUCUGCAAUAAUAACUCAAUUUUUAAUUUGUUGAAGUAUCAUGUGAUGUGGAAGUGUAGAUGAAUGAAAUUUGUCUGAGCUGAACUGUUCUGAGCUCAAGGUUGAAGGUCCCAUAUGUAACCUCAUCAGUCAUCACCUUCAAUCAACCUACAAAUGUACAAUUUAAUGAUGGAAAGAAGUAGAAGCGAAAUGCCAGCUUGGACUGAAGCAAAAUCUAUUUCAUCUUGCUUUCUUUGUGGUUCAUUUUCUAAGGUUCCAUGUACUCCUAUUGGUAUUUUCUGGGAUAUAGAAAAUGUUAGAUUACCCAACUGUUACCAUGGAAUGGCAGUUGUAGAAGCCAUAAGACAACGAUUUUUAGUGAAUUAUCGAGAAGCUGAAUUUUUAGUUGUUUGUGAUGUUAAUAAAGAAAAAAAGGAAUUGAUCACCAAUUUAAACAAUGCUCAGGUCACUGUGGUACAUGUCAGCAGUACACACAAGAACGCCUGCGACGAAAAGCUGAGACAAACUAUGAGGCGUUUUGCGGACAAUAUUGGAACCCCGUGUGCCAUAAUGCUCAUAACCUCCGAUGUAAAUUUUACUACAGAUCUUUGUGAUUUUAAGAAUCGUAAAAAUAUUCAUAUCAUCCUUCUUCAUCAGAUAUUAGUAUCUGAGGCCUUGUUGUUAUGCUCCAAUGAGCACUAUUUGUUUGAUGAUAUUUUGGAAGAUGUACCUUUUUUGGUAGAUGCAAACAAGGAAAACACCGAUGCCGUAUAUUUGAACGUUUUAAAUUUACCGCAUUUUGUUCCACCAUCCCAAAUACGCCAGAGGGUUCAACAAAUAGCAGGAAACUGUGGGGGGAAAAUGGUUCAGCUGGCAGGUGGCCGAGGCAUCGUUCGUUUCAAUGGUACUGUUGCGGCUCAAAGAGCUCUGUUGCGGAUGGAAGGUGAAGACGUUUUUGGCAGAAAAAUAUCUGUACAGUUUCCACCACUUCAACCUAGUGCCGGUUCUCGCAUGCAGCCCAACGACCUGCUCGUCGUUCAUCAUCAUUCUAAGGAAAUGAUUGAAGGAGCAUGUAAGCGCCAUUUUACACCUUUCCCUCCUCCACCUAACCCAGCCAAAGUGGCGCCUCCACGGCUCUUAAAUCUUCGUCCACGUUGCGACAAUGGAGAAGAGAAGGAAACUGUGCCCAGCUAUGAAGAACUCUGCACUGAACUGGCUGAUCAACCCAGUGUGGACGAUACUUUUCAUCGUGCCGUAUUAGACGCUGAUGGGCCCAACAGGUGGGACUAUUACCGAACCCCCUCGGAAUAUCUAGUCGAGAAAACUCCUCAGGGCCAUCGAAGGAUACGUGGUAACCACAAAGCCCAACACCAAUCGCCGUUCAAAAGUCAAGAAAAUCAUGCCCAUGACAAGGACGAAAAUCGUGCUGCCUACAUUCCGUUUCCUGCUCCAGCCACUGAAAAUCUCAAACCUGUCUUUGCCUCAACACCUUCACAGCCAUCGUUGUCACCCGUGCAGCCUCCCGCCUAUACGUCAAACACUGUAUCUGCUAUUGCCGUCGAUCUACACGUUACUAAUUUAGACCAAAGCAUCGGUGCAAAGGAGAUGAAGACGCUCAUAUCCUCUGUUUUCAAGCAGCACGUCAUGGUCAUGAAUGUUACUGUUCAUCUUCAGAAUGAUGGUCAUCUUGCGGCCAUAGUGCGCGUGCCAUCCAUUCAGGAUGCCCAGUAUUGCGUUUCCCAGCUUCAUCGACGCAAAUUAGGAAGCAAGCGAAUUAUGAUUGCCUACGAUCAGAAUAGCCAUGGCUUGGGGUCGGGAAGAAGUGUGCCAACACCUCUUCAAAUCAGAGCUCAAGUAAAUGCGCUUCUCGCCGAAAUACCUCAACGUCGUCUUCCACUUUUCAAAUUCCGUGAGUUGUAUGAACAACGCUACACUACAUCGGUGAGUUUAGCAGACCUUCAUCGACUUCGCGAUAUUUUGCAUGUCACAGACGACGUCCAUGGAAGAUGUGUAGUUUUUCUACAAAAUCAAUAUCAACCUUCUAAAGUACAUCAGUUUAGUGGCGAACAGUUUACUAGAGAUGUAAUCUCCGUAUCCCGAAGUAGUUCUUCAAUUUCCGAGCCUGAACUUUCGGUGGCCGAAAUGCCACGUUGUCCUCUUCACGAUUGUAUUCCAAACAAUGUUUCCCAUGGCUGGGCCGAGCCAGAACCUUCACCGGAACUUCCGUUGGUAUACUCUACACUUCAUCAAAUUGCACUUCACACUCACUGUUUGUUGCAGUCACACGGAGGCACUAUUCCAUUGGCCAGUUUGGCACGCUGUUUUGAAAUAGAAAUGGGUGGCCUGAAUGUAAAUGAAGAGAAAGGAGUACCACUGGAACAUCUCAUCUCAUGUGUAAAAGGAGUGGGCAUAGUUUCUGUAGCUGGCCACAAACGAUUACAGUGGUCAGGAAAAAACGAUCAGUUGCAAGAUAAUGAGCCCUUACAAUCGCUGAAUCCGUCCUUGCUUCCUCAGAUGUCACUUCUCUGUCGAGAACUUGUAGAUUUAUUGAAAAUGGCUCCACAAUCUCGUAUUCCUUUUUCCAAGUUCAUUCCAGCUUAUCACCAUCAUUUUGGUCGCCAAUGUCGAGUAGCUGAUUACGGAUAUACCCGUCUUAUUGAUUUGCUAGAAUCUUUAUCUCAUGUUGUUCAGAUUUUAGGAGAAGGUACAAGACGACAUGUCACUCUUAGCCACAAAGCACAGAUGAAACGUUUUACAUCCGAUUUAUUACGAAACUUGAAAGCCCAAGCCAGUAAACAGAUGAGCGUUUCGAUCUUCGCAACCCUUUAUGAAAAGACACUUGGCCGUCCCUUCGAUCCCAGAGACUAUGGACUUUGCCAUCUCAGUGAUCUCUUAUCGCAAGUUGCAGAAGCUUCAGUAGUCGUGAUGACCACGGCUGAGGGAGAAGAAAUAAUCGCCUUACCGAAGCGCGAACAGACAUUAGAGGAAAUGGAGCGUACUAAGCAAUUUGCAGUUGAGGUUGUCGAAUUGUUGAAGCAUGCUCCACAAUGUAAACUAGACUUUGCUAAAUUUAUACCUGCCUAUCACCAUCACUUUGGUAGGCAGUGCCGCGUUUCAGACUACGGUUGCCAAAAGCUUGUAGAACUUUUCGAGACGAUUCCGGAAACUGUUCAGGUUUUUGAGAUGGAUAAUGAAAUAGAAAAGUAUGUACAGUUGACCAUGAAACAACGUUUGAAGAUUUUAUCCGAGCAAGUUACAUCUUUGGUUCGCAAUCAUUCUGCGCAUCAACCCUUGUUGCUUAACUAUUUGCCAGAGGCAUUUCGCAUCCAUUACGGCUUUGCUUUAAGACCUGAGCAAUAUAAUGCUGUAAGCUUAGAUGAACUUGUUGGAAAACUAAGGAACCAUGUUCAGGUUGUUUAUUCAGAGAGGGGAGCCGAAUUAUCAUUGAUUGAUCAAAACAGCCUUUCAAAUUCCAAAUUCCGAGUAGUUACUAUUCUUUAUCCAGUAAUUGAUGGGUCAAUGCCAUUACACAAGCUACUCGAAAAGUACAAAGAGAUGAAUGGUCAUGAGUGUCCACAUAGCUUUCUCACUGAUUACAUGGAGGAUAUAGUAAUAGUUGAUAGUGAGAGUAAAACAGAACCAAUCGUCCGGUUUGUUCCUAUCAUGUUGUUUUCACGUCAAGUUCACUUACUUUUGAAUGAAAAUGGAGGGCGUCUGUUGUUUGCUAACUUCGAGUCCAGUUAUUUGGAGCGGUUUGGAGUCCAAUGUCGACCCUCGACCUAUGGCCAAUCGAGCAUCAUGUCUCUUUUACAAUCCAUUCGUCAUUUGGUCGUAAUUCGCGGAAAGGGACCUAGACGUGUAUUAACACUCCACAGAGAAAUGGCAGGUUUGAUCCCCCCUUCCGUAGCGCAAGCACCGAAACCAUCAUGGAUCAAACCUCCAGCUCACUGGCUAAUUUCACCGGAAGAAAAAAUAAUUUCUCGUCAAGAAGAUAAAAGUCCUGAUAAAGAAGGGAUAUAUGAAGAUCUCAAACAAUUUUUCAACUCGGCCCCUGCUUCUUCUGUUAUGUUCGCUCCUGUCCCGACUUUUAUUCCUUCGGUAUCUUGGAGUCCGAUAUGGGGCAUGGCUAUGGGCAUCCCUUUAAGCGUGUCGCCGACGUACGUUUCUAACACAAGCUUCUCCCCGAACUGGAAUGCCAGUGGUACAACAUCAAAUUACCCGUGCAAUUACUGGUUUACCGCAUGGCAUACUCCAUGUACUUUUCCUGUACCCGUUACUCCUGUGCCUAGUUUUACUUUAACUGGAGCAUCGGUGGAAGAAAUCGAAGAAACAACUUCUGGCCCAGGAAUUCCUCCUCCCGCGUCAGUACUUCCACGGCCAUCGCUGAUCAUGGCGUCUCAUGUUGACAAAACACCAAAAAGUCCCGUGAAAAGUAGAAUUGCUGCACAAUUCCGUACUCCAGCAAUCAAACCCCUUAACUAGCUGAGAUCUACAUUGAUUUGGUUUCAUUGAUAAGAACUGUCUAGUUUCUAGUAUGUCGCAGUCGAUAAAGAAAAUGCCAAGUUUGCUUGGCAUUUUGCAUAUAUAUUGAUUUUUUAGUGAAGCUAAAAGUAGUAUAAAAAUGUUUUCAUUUUGCAUUGUUAACAAAAAUUUGUCAUGCUUUUUUUUGCAUUCAGUGUUUUGCAUCACAAUGGCUCAAAACCGGAAUUAGUUACAUAAAAAGAAUGAAUGUAAAAUUUAAAGCAAGAUUUCCAUAAACAAAAAUGUUUGAGAUUUUGCGAUCUAGAUAUACAUACUGCAUCCAAUUAAACGAUAAAACAAAA